GGAAGCGCGACCAGCCGUCGACCACGAAGGUAUCCUCGAGGCCAUGGGCAGCGUCGUCUUCGAGCUCGAUGUCGACGGCGUCGUGACCUACAUGAACCACCGCGCCGAGCGCGUCCUCGACUGCUACGCGUCCGACAAGGUCGGUAUUAGCUUCAUCGAUGCGUUCGUGCCGGCGACGCUCAGCGAUGUGCCACUGAACCGCGCCAACAUUGAGAAGCAGCUCCACGAGGUGCUCUCGCUGGCCGAGACCGUCGUCUUCCAGUGCGGGCUCAAGACGUGCGGGUCGCCUUCGAACCUCGUCGACAUGCUGCUGAGCGCGGCGCCGCGCUUGGACAGCCAGCGCAAUGUGCUCGGAUGCGUCCUCGUCGGCACGGACGUGACCAACCACUCGAGCGAGAAGAUCUCGUCCGAGCACGUCUACUCGCGCAUCUUGGAGCGCGCGAAUGCGCCGAUCUUUGGCGUCGACGUGCAGGCGGCCGAGCUCACGCAGUUUACGGCCGACGAAGUCCUGGGGAAGGACCUCGUCGACGAGUUCAUUGCGCCCGACUACCGCGACGCGGUCGGCGCCGUGCUCUCGCAGGCGCUAAAUGGCGUCGAGACGGCCAACUUUGAGUUUCCGCUCGACAUCAAGAACGGUGGCCGGCAGCUUGAGAUUCUCCUCAACGCAACGUCGCGCUACGACGAGGUUGGCAACAUCGUCGGUGUCGUCGGCAUUGGCCAAGACAUCACCGACCGCGUCGCGCAAGAGCAAGAGUACUCGCGGCUCAUUGACAAGGCGAACGCGCCCAUCUUUGGCGUCGACUCGGAGCUCCGCGUCAACAUUUGGAACCAGAAGAUUGCCGAGAUCACGCAGUACUCGGACGACGAGGUCAUGGGCCAAAACAUCAUCGACAAGUUUAUCAGCGAAGAGUACCGGCACCUUGUCAACCUCGUGCUCACGCAAGCGCUGAAAGGCUACGAGACGGCCGACUUUGAGGUGCCCCUCGUGACCAAGACGGGGCGCAAGGUCAACAUCCUCCUCAACGCGACCGCGCGCUUUGACCAGAUGGGCGACGUCAUUGGCGUCGUCGGCAUCGGCCAAGACAUUACCGAGCGCAUUGCGCAAGAGCAGGAGUACACGCGGCUCAUUGACACGGCAAACGCACCCAUCUUUGGCGUCGACCAGAACGGGCUCGUCAACAUUUGGAACAAGAAGGCCGCCGAGAUCACACAGUACACGCAGAAGGAGGUGAUGGGCCAGAACCUCGUGGAAAAGUUUAUCAGCGAAGACUACCGCAAGGCCGUCGGGUACGUCCUCUCGAAAGCGCUCAAUGGCGUCGAGACGGCCAACUUUGAGUUUCCGCUCAUCACCAAGACGGACCGGCGCGUCGAGAUUUUGCUCAACGCGACGCCGCGCUACAACGAGCUCGGCAAGGUCAUGGGCAUGGUCGGCAUUGGCCAAGACAUCACCGAGCGGAUUGCGCAAGAACAAGAGCACUCGCGGCUCAUCGACAAGGCGAACGCGCCGAUCUUUGGCGUCAACACACAAGGCUCGGUCAACAUUUGGAACAAGAAGGCCGCCGAGAUCACGCAGUACUCGCAGGACGAGGUCAUGGGCGAGAACCUCGUCGCGACCUUUGUGAGCGAAGAGUUCCGCGAGGCGGUCAGCGAGGUCUUUGCCAAGGCGCUGACAGGCGUCGAGACGGCCAACUUUGAGUUUCCGCUCGUGACCAAGACGGACCGGCGCGUGCAAAUUCUGCUCAACGCGACGCCGCGCUACAACGAGCUCGGCGAUGUCAUUGGCGUCGUCGGCAUUGGCCAAGACAUCACCGACCGCAUCGCGCAAGAGCAAGAGUAUGCGCGCCUCAUCGAUACGGCCAACGCGCCGAUCUUUGGCGUCGACUCGGAGAUGCGCGUCAACAUUUGGAACAAGAAGGCGGCGCAGAUCACACACUACUCGAUCGCCGAGGUGAUGGGGGAGAACCUCGUCGAGACGUUCAUUUCGCCUGAAGUGCGGCCCAAGGUCGCCGAGGUGCUCCAGAAGGCGCUCAACGGCAUCCAAACGGCCAACUUUGAGUUUCCGCUCAUUACGCGGCCGGGUAGCAAAAUUGAGAUUCUUCUCAACGCGACGCCGCGCAACGACCUCCACGGCAAUAUUGUCGGCGUCGUCGGCAUUGGCCAAGACAUUACCGAGCGGAUUGCGCAAGAGCAAGAGUACUCGCGGCUCAUCGACACGGCGAACGCGCCCAUCUUUGGCGUCGACACGCGCGGGCGCAUCAUCGAGUGGAACCAAAAGAUCGAGAAGCUCACGGGGUACCAGAAAGAGUCGAUCCUUGGCAUGUCGCUCGUCGAUAUGUUUAUCAUUGACGAGUCGCGCGAGACCGUGCGCGGGCUCCUCAACCAAGCACUUCUCGGCGUCGACGUGGGCGAGAUGGAGCUGCCGAUUCUCAACAAGCAAGGCAUCUUCUUGCUGCUCCUCGUGAACGCGUCGUCCAAGAAGGACCCGCACGGCAACAUCCAAGGCGUGAUUGGCGUCGGCCAAGACUACACGGCGCGCAAGCAGAUGGAAGCGGCCAAGGUCAACUUCUUGGCGUCCUUCUCGCACGAGCUGCGCACGCCGCUCAACGGGAUCCUCGGCAUGAUGGAGCUUCUGAAAGAGAUGGAGCUCGGCCAGACGCCGAAACGGUAUGUGCACAUCGCGUACGUCUCGGGGUCGCUCUUGCUCAACUUGAUCAACGACAUUCUCGACCUCUCCAAGAUUGAGGCCGGCCACUUGGAGAUUCAGUCGGCUCCGUUUUACAUGAACGACCUCCUUGACUACACGAUCGACAUUUUCAAGCUCAAGGCCAAGGAGCGGGGCCUUCGACUCGGUAUCGUGCGCGGCAAGGACGUGCCCGACAUUGUCAUUGGUGACGUGAUUCGCUUGCGCCAGAUCCUACUCAACUUGCUCUCGAACGCGAUCAAGUUUACCAACAAGGGCUCGAUCACGGUCAAGUGCUCGGUCGUGACGCAGGCGCAGGCCGAGGUGCCACCGGGCCACAUCAAGAUGCUCUUCCAGGUCAUCGACACGGGCGUGGGCAUGAACCCGGAAGAAAAGUCGAUCUUGUUUUCGCUCUUCACCAAGCUCGAGCGGACGCGCAAGAACAACCCGACGGGGUCGGGCCUCGGCCUCGCGAUCUGCAAGCAGCUCGUCGAGCUCAUGAACGGGCACAUUGACGUCGACAGCGAGCGCGAUGUCGGCAGCACUUUCUUCUUCUCGGUUGUCGUGCGUCUCGCACCGCAAGAGUACGUUGCAAAACUGGAAGCGCUCCGCGCCGUGUCCAAGUCCACGUUCGACGACGACGACGAGCUUCCGGAACGCGCCCGCGGCCGGAAAGACCGCGCGACGACCGUCGACUCGAUCUUGAUCCCGACGCCGCCGUCCGUGCCCAAGCACGCGCGCAUCCUCGUGGUCGAGGACAACGACUUCAACUGGGAGGUCGUCAAGUGCUUUCUCCAAGAGGACGACCACUAUCUGCAGUGGGAGCCCAACGGCGAGCUCGCGGUCGAGGCGUACAAGCAGCACCACGACACGUUCGACUUGAUUUUCAUGGACUGCGAGAUGCCCGUCAUGGACGGGUACACGGCGACGCGCUGCAUCCGCGAGUUUGAACAAGAGCGCGGCCUCGACCGCAUCCCGAUCCUGGGCUUGACGGCGUAUGCGAUGAACGAUGACCGCGAAAAGUGUCUCAGCGCCGGCAUGGACGAGUUCAUUGUCAAGCCGAUUGCCAAGGAUGGCUUGCUCAAGAUGAUUACGUACUGGAUGCGCCGGCGGUACAUGCCCGAGUUGCGCGUCUCGGAGCCUGCGUAUCUGCUCCACGAAGCGUCCUUCUCGGACGUGGGCCCGUCGCCGGUCGGGUCGAUCGACAAUGACAUUCUCGCGCCACUCGCCGUGCACCGCGUCCAACUGCCGCCGCCGACGAACGCCGGCCUCUUGCACGCGUCGACCCACACGCAAGAACUCGACUUGGCGCGUGCCAUCUCGGACUUGGAGCUCGAAGAUCCGUCCAAGAUGGGCCAGUACCGGCUCCAGGGCGCGCCGUCGCUCCACCACCGUGCAGACCCGAUGUCGAUGACGAUGGACGGCACGACGUCGCUGGCGUCCAUCACGUCCAACUCGAGCGGCAGCGUGAAACCCGCGAGCUCGAGUAUGUUUGCGCUCGGCAACCGCGCGUCGUUCACGCGGUCGUCGCCGCUGCAAGCGUUGCUCGACGCGCAGUCGUCGACGCACGUGACGUCGCGCACGGUCGGCCCCGACUUGCAGCUCGACGAGACGGACGCGACCCCACCGCACAAGCGCAACACGUCCAACAGCCUUCCGGAUGUGACCAAGCUCGAGCUGCGGACGGACGUGGCGAAGGACUGGAAAGACUGGCGCGAACAGUCGUCGUCCAUGAGCCGGCCGCUGCCCGACGACGAUGACGAGCCCAAGCCGCCGGCCACCAACGUGACGUCGUCGGCGGUCCUCGCGAUCGAGAUGCCGGAUGGCGACCCGGUCGACUACUCUCUCGGGGUCUCGCAGUGCGGCGGCAACGAAGAACUCUUUAUCAACCUCCUCGGCAAGUACGCGAUGGGCCUCGAUAUUGCGCUCCACCGCCUCGACGAAGCGUACAGCAGCCAAGACUUGUACGGACUCCGGCGCGAAGCGCACUCGCUGAAAGGGUCGUCUGCGUACGUGGCGGCGAUGCGCGUCUCGAAAGCUGCGUACCGCGUCCAGGUGUGCGCCGAGCAAAUGCUCUCGGACCAGCCCGACAUCAACCUCUUUGUGUCGUCGUACACGCUGCUGCAGGACGAGCUCAACGCGCUCAAGGGGUACCUCCGUCGCAACUUUUCGUUCCACCACGCUGCGACGUCGGCGUCGACCAAGAUGGACACGAAGGGCACGACGCCGUGCUGCAUCAUGUAAGGACGACGGUGACCAAGUACACGUAUCCAUGACGUUGCAUACAUACCACAACAUGUAAAUAUCCCA